ACCAGUCAACAAGCGGUCGAGUCCCAACCAACACACAUCGACCAUGAAACAAGAAGUUUUAUUUUGUUUGUUGUUAACUAUCAGUGCUGGGACGUGUCAUGGCCAUGGAGUAAAAGGAUCCUACAGUAAUAGCUAUAGUAGUUCAUCGGCGUCGUCAUCAGCAUCAUCAUUCAGUAGCUCGUACUCCUCAGGAGGACAUGUAGAUCCAAAUAUUCUUAAUGAUGUACUUAAAAAUGGAAACGCUGCAUUUUCCUCCGCUGCUGCACAUGCCGAUGCAAAUGGAGCUUCUGCUAAUGCUGGAGCAGGCGCUUAUUCGGGAUCUUUCGCAACUUCCGGAGCUCAAGCUGGAAAUGCAGUUCACUUAAGCUCCGGUGGCCAGGCUGGAUUAUCUUCAUCUGGAUCCUUCUCUAGUUCUGGAUCAUAUUCGGGGUCAUCACAGGGAUGCACUACGGGAUGUGGUUCUAAUUCAGGUGCAAUUAAACCAGCUGAUCUAGAUUUAAAUCUUAAUGGAAAAGGGUCCGCCUCAAAUUCUGGAUCAAUUCAAACUCAAGUUCCUGGUUCAAUACCAGUUAUUGUUACUGUUCCACAAAAUAAGCAUUCUGGUCCUGAAGAAUCUAAACCUCAAGGGACAUACUUCAUUAACGACUUUAGAGUUCCUGAUGAAUAUACUCCUAAUGAAGGUCCUGGUGCCGCUACAUUUGAUUUAAGCAAAGGUGGCUCAGUAAUCAACCUAAACGCCGGUUCCAAUGCAGGACAUGACCAGGGAACAAUAGUUCAAUCUAAAAAACCUUACCAAGGACACUUUCCUGGACCCAAAGGAAGUAUACACGAUUUUAAACCUGCUCCACCUGGCGGUGGCGGUCCUCCAGCUUGGGCUCCUGAGCAAAAUCCAAUUUCUGUUCAACCGAAUUACGUUCAUACUGGUGCGACUAACCAAGUUAACGCAGGAUCAAAUGGAAUUUCUUUAGAUUUAAUUAACUCUUUCCCAGGUGAACCCGGCAGCAUAUAUAAUAGUAAACCAGCUGCUGACAUUAAACCACAUAUUCCUAGCAGUAAUAUUCCUGUGGCGAUAGUUCCAGUGCCAACAAUAAGCACCCAACCUCAUCAAAAAGUAAAGGACAAAGUAAUACCUGGAAACGGGGCAUUAGCGGUUAUUGGGAAAUUACCUGGUCCUGGCGGUAGCAUCUUUACCAGCGUUUCAGCAAAUCAAGGUUCUCAUCAUCAAAAUGGAGCUGGAUUUGUUCAAGUUUCUGUUCAACCUAUCUCAGGCUCAACCAAUAAAAAUCCUCUACCAUUUACUGACAUAAUAAGUCAAUUUCCUGGAAAACCAGGAAGUAUACAUGAAAGCAAACCUGUCGCUGGAUCUAAUUGCGUGGGAAGUCAAUGUAUAUACGGUAAACAGGAACCACAAAAAGGGCCUGGAUAUGUACAACUUCCUCUUAUACCUGUUACAGAUACAUUCAAUAAACAUUCUGUUACUCCCGAUUGCGGAACAGGGACAUGUGACGAAUAUGGAGGAAGAUUAGGAUGCCAUGGUAAUGACUGUUUCGGACCUGGUAAAAAACCAUCUUACAUUCACUCCGGGUCGAUUUCAGGAGCAAACGCAAACAGUAAUGCAAAUCGUGAAAGUGGAAACUUUAAUAUAGAAUUUGGAAAACCUCUAACGCCUACCUACGAAGGAACAAAGUGCACUAAUGGAAAUUGUGGAGAAAAACAAGAAAAUAAUAAUAUUAACUGUGUUAAUGGAAUAUGUCAGAAAAUUGUACCUCCAGGUGUUAGUGUUCAACUACCUCAACCUGGACUUAUAACCGUGGGAAUAAUAUCUGACAAUAAACCUGUCAAUUUUAACCCUCCUGAACAAGGUCCCGAAGUAUAUCCUACUCCAGGAAGAAUUAAUUUUGAUAUAAAUCAACGUGCCCCAGAGUAUGCAGGAACACUUUGCUCUGGAUUACAAUGCAUUCUUUCUCCUGUAUCUGGAAAUAAACAUAUUCCAGCCAAUACACCAACUUCUGGGUGUUCUGGAGCCUACUGUAUUAGUCUUAUUCCAGAUAAACAAGAAAUGCCAAAUUGCCAGAAUGGAAAAUGUCAAAAUAGGGAUAAACCUGUAAGUAAUGAAAAUCCAAACCAAGAAAAUCGCAACAUAUAUUCCGGUUCAGAAAGUAACGCUAAUGCACAAAGUACCAAAAAUCAAGAAAACAUAAAUUUGGACCUCAAUAAGCCUACUCAUAUCGAUCUUCCAAUUGAAGUAGAAAUUCCUGCCAACACAGAAGAUCAGAAAGAGAAUAAACUUAAAGAACCUGUCCCUUCAAUUUUACCAGUGCAAGAUAACAAACCAGGAUCUAGCAUGGACUUUCUACUACCUGGAAAUAAGCCACCCCAACACUACCAUCCACAUAUUAAUAAACCAAAUGGACCAGCUACCAACAACGGCUACUAUAGCUGCACAGGUUCGUCAUGCCCGUUACCAAAGCAUCCUGGACAAGUGACUCCAAGUCCAACUGUGCAAUAUCCUACUACAGUAGCUUAUACUAAACAACCCUACCAACCCAAUAAUAAACCUAAUUGCGGUAACAAACCUUGUGAUGUUCCUAAAUCAUAUUCUCCGCAAUAUUCUCAACCUCAACCAAGUUGUAAUGGAAAAGAUUGUAGCAACCUCGAACCAAAUAACAACCCAAUCUGUAUAGGAGGAGCCUGUGUCUUCAGUAACCAACCUCAAAUACCUGAUGCAUAUAAGGGUGCUGGAGGCAAAGAUAGACUUUAUGUUCCUUAUUAUAACCAAGAAUUACCACCAAUAGUAACACCAGUGAUAGUAAAAGAUCAACCACAAGGAGGCUCACAGACAAAUUUUAAUGCUGGAAGUCAAGCUAAUGCUGAAGCUGGUUCACAGAAUGGUUUUGUUUCCGGAAAUGUUAUUGUAGAAAAACCAGACGGUGUUUUAGUACCUGUAGUUGACGUUCAACCUCCAAGCAUCAAUAAACCUGGAUAUUCUUGUUCUGGUGCAGGGUGCGAUGGCUUAAAACCUGUACAAGCUGGAACAAUAAACUCCGGUAGUUACACAGGUUCAUCCGGUAUCAAUUUCCAAGGAAGCAAUCAGGGAAACGUAUAUCCUGAUUAUCCUGAAAGAAACGUUCCUGGUUCCGGCUGUUCCAGUGGAAAAUGUGGUACUAACAGCGGAUCUCAAGGAAGUUAUUCCAGUUCUUCUAAUGGACUCGUACAGGGGAACGUACAGGGUGGUGGCUGCAGUACGGGAAAUUGUGGACAAGGUUUAAUUGGGGGUCAGUCUGGAAGCUACUCUGGAUCUGGUAGCUUUGGAGGAGUAAAAGGUGGUUGCAAAACAGGAUCCUGUGGCUUCCAAUCUUCUGGAAGUGGCUCAUAUAGUGGUUCUUUCUCAAGCAGUUCCUCAUUCAGCGGCUCUGGAAGCGGAUCUUAUGGUGGAGGUGUAAAAGGAGGGCCUAGUGCUGGUUCCUACUCCUCAUCUGGAAGUGGUGCAGGUUUUGAAAAUGGUUUUCCUCUUCUGAAAGAGCUAAUUAAUCAGUCAAUUAAAGGAGGUCAUUCUGGGUCUGGGUCAUUCAGCGGUUCAAAUUCGUAUUCUGGUAGUUCAGCAUCAGCGCAUUCUUCAGCUUACUCAAGUUCAGGAUCAUUCUAUGCAAAGUAGAACCAAAUACUGAAGUUCUCAAAAAAGAAAAUAAUACAUUUGUGAUUUUAUUAUUUAAGUUAACUUUUAAGUGUCUCGAUAAAAAUGUGAUUUUUUUUUAAUAAAAGUGUUUUAAUACCGUG